AAUUUCAAGAACAUCAACGACAGAAGAUUCUUUAGAGCAAUUACUCGAGCAAUCGGUAGCAGUAGCACUGUUUCUGAUGGCUCUUCGGUUCUCCUCCGGGCGGCCAAGCACACUGUAUGGCUUCUGCCUAUUUGGUGAAGUAGUCAAUUUCUACUAGGAUGAAGCAAUGUCCGUGGGAAGCUUCCAGAGUCAUUUUAUCCUCCAAUGAAAUCGAUUCCCCACAUUGUGAUCAGCCAACACGUGGAUACAUACAUAAAAAGUGGCAUGGUUGUUGGUUUAGGGUCUGGUCAGGCUUCUGGUAUGGCCAUACAAUAUUUGGGUCAGCAGCUUCGUGCAGGUGCUUUGAAGGAUAUAGUAGGAAUACCCAUGUCUAUAACAAGUGCUACUGAAGCAGCAAUGUCUGGCAUUCCAUUGGAUAAAUAUCAAGAUACUUCUCAAAUUGAUUUUGCAUUUGAUGACGCUGAUAUUGUAGAAGAGGGAACACUUGUUGCUGUCAUUGGGCGUCAGCGACCUCGAGGCGACGAGUCCAUAAUCGAAGAGAAGUCUAUACUGAAUGCAGCUGAUAAACUUGUGUUCAUUGUACCAGAAAACCGGUUUAAAGGUGGUCUAGAGGGUUCUAUUCCAGUUCUAGUUCAAUCUCUCAACUGGAUGGACGCUGCUGAAGAGAUUGAUGAUAUGUUUUUAGGUGAUGCAGAGGUUUGGAGGAGACCAUCUAUAGGGCACGCAGGUCCUUUAGGCGGUGACUUCCCAUUGAUCACGAAAGAAGGUCAUAAUGUUCUUGAUGUCAUCUUCACAUCUCCAAUACAAAGCCUCGCUGAAGUGGCUGAAAGCCUUGAUAAAGUUGAUGGGGUUGUGGAUCAUGGCAUUGUCUCCAAGUCCCCGUGUACAGUGGUGAUUGCUUCCGAAAUUGGGUUGUCCAUCGUGGAUAAUCUUCCGGCAAAUGUCGUGGAGGGACCUUAAAUGGUGGCAGCCUGCGAUGUAUGUUGCCACUGUGAUUCUGUGGUAUUGUUUUUGCACAUAAGCAUUUUGUAAUGAUUAGUACUGAGAGUUUGUAUCUUCUACUUUGAGUUUUGAGUUGGAGGAAAUAUUGAGCUUGUAAUAUGAAUUCGUAUCCUAAUUUAUAUUUCAACUAGACAUGGGUAUGUUUAUUCAAUAUUUUUUAAAUAAAUU